AUGUUUCUGGCCCAGUGCCGCUCUGUCGCGGUUCCCUCGCGCCGUGUCCGGUGGAAACACCUCAGCCGUGUGGUUCUCCCAUCACCGCUGUCCUCCUCCAGCUCCUUCCCCAUGAACUGUCUGAAUGGAGGGUCCUGGAACGGGCAAGUCUGCCUUUGCCCCAACGGCUUCACGGGGAACCUCUGCCAGGACAGAGUUCCCGUGGUCGUCUGCCAGAACGGAGGCACGUGGGAUGGGCUCAAAUGCCAGUGCCCCAGCCUCUUCUAUGGGCCAAGGUGUGAGGACGUGGUGGACAGCAUUGAGAUAGAGCAAACGGUCUCUGCAUCCGUGGAAGUGACCGUGACGGUAACCAGCCAAAACUACAGUGAUGAGCUACAGAACCCACAAUCCGACGAAUUCAAGGAGUUCAAUGAGACAUUUACAAAACAGAUGGCGAUAAUUUAUGCCGGAAUCCCUGAGUAUGACGGGGUUGUCAUCAGAGGGCUGAGGAAGGGCAGUAUCGUGGUGGAUUAUGACGUCAUCCUGAAGGCCCCGUACACUGAAGGAUACGAAAACGCGCUACAGAACAUCAGCUCUAAUGUGAGGGAAAAAAUCCAGAAUGCGACCGCACAACAAGUACUUGUUGAUAAUAACUGUACAGGUUUUAUGCUGUGUUUCAACUCAACUGCCACGAGUGUGCAAAAGGUUUCCAUCACUGAAACUCCUGAAGAGGCAUGCCAGAGGGAGGCUGGAGAGGACUUUGCGAAGUAUGUCACCUUGGAGUACAAGGACGAUAAGCUGCACUGUAUCACGCCCUGCUCAUCCGGCUACAAAGCCUCCUUGGAUUGCCACUAUGGCAAGUGCCAGCUGCAGCGAAGUGGCCCCCAGUGCCUCUGCCUGACCACAGACACGCACUGGUACAGCGGGGAUACCUGCGACUGGGGCAUCCAGAAGAGCCUGGUCUACGGGCUCGUGGGAGCCGGGGCGGCGGUGCUGCUGCUGAUCCUCGUCAUCCUGGGCGUGUUCUCCUUCCGCUUCAGAAGAGAGGCCAACAGGCAAAGGUCCAGAGUGUCUCAGCUGCAGAGGUGGAAUGAGGAGGAGGGCCGGGACCCUGGAGCCUUCCACAACGUCGGUUUCGACCACAACGAAGAACGAGAAGACUACGUCCACUUGGACUCCAUGUACAGCAACUUCGAGGCAUCCCUAAGACAUAUAAACCCUGAAAGAAAGAUCCAGAUUCAGAGGCCCCAGGUGGUCAUGACAUCAUUGUAA